CCCGCCGCUGCCGCCCGGCCCCGCCAUGGCCUGGCGAGCGGCUCCCCGCGUCGCGGCCCGGCUGCUGCUGUCGCCGCCGCGGCGGGGCAUCGCCUCCUGCAUCGACCCAUCCACUGGCCUGACUGAGGAGCAGAAGGAGUUCCAAAAGGUUGCCUUUGAUUUUGCUGCCAAGGAGAUGGCUCCUCACAUGGCUGAGUGGGACCAGAAGGAAAUAUUCCCUGUGGAGACCAUGAGGAGGGCAGCCCAGCUGGGCUUCGGUGGCAUCUACGUGAAACCAGACGUCGGUGGCUCGGGACUGUCACGACUCGACACCUCUGUCAUCUUUGAAGCUUUAUCAACAGGCUGCACCAGCACCACUGCUUACAUGAGCAUCCACAACAUGUGUGUUUGGAUGAUAGACACCUUUGGCAAUGAGGAACAGAGGCACAAGUUCUGCCCAUCGCUCUGUAGCAUGGAAAAAUUUGCUUCUUACUGCCUGACUGAGCCAGGAAGUGGGAGUGAUGCAGCUUCCCUGCUGACCUCAGCUGAGAGGAAAGGGGACACCUACAUCCUGAAUGGCUCCAAGGCCUUCAUCAGUGGAGGAGGUGACACUGAUGUGUACGUGGUCAUGUGUCGCACGGGAGGCCCAGGCCCCAAGGGCAUCUCCUGCCUGGUGCUGGAGAAGGGGACACCAGGGCUCAGCUUUGGCAAGAAAGAGAAGAAGGUGGGCUGGAAUUCCCAGCCAACUCGGGCUGUGAUCUUUGAGGACUGCGCUGUUCCUGUUGCCAACCGGCUGGGAGCUGAAGGGCAGGGCUUCAACAUUGCCAUGAAGGGACUGAACGGAGGCAGGAUCAACAUUGCUUCCUGUUCCCUGGGGGCCGCUCACGCCUGCGUUCUGCUGGCUCAGGAGCACCUCACUGUGCGCAAGCAGUUUGGAGAACCCCUCGCUAACAAUCAGUACCUGCAGUUCAGGCUGGCGGAGAUGGCGACGCGGCUGGUGGCGGCGCGGCUGCUGGUGCGGCACGCGGCGAGGGCGCUGCAGGAGGGCAGGGAGGACGCAGCUGUGCUCUGCUCCAUGGCCAAGCUCUUUGCUACUGAUGAGUGCUUUGGGAUCUGUAACCAGGCUCUACAGAUGCAUGGGGGCUAUGGCUACCUGAAGGAUUAUGCUGUGCAGCAGUUUGUGAGAGACAUCAGAGUGCACCAGAUCCUGGAAGGUACCAAUGAGGUGAUGCGGAUGAUAGUGGCCAGGAACCUGCUACAGGUCUGAAGCCAGGAGCUAGUUUCCAACCUCCAAUUCCUUCCUCUGCUACAGCCUGGUCUGUUUCCCUCCUCUCCCCAGGGAGUGGAGGCAGGGAUAGCCCAGUGGACAGAGGCUUUCUGCCUUACAUUGACUGGGAUCACAGCUGGAUGCCGAGCACAGGCUGCCACAGCUGCACGCUGUGCCUGGCAGAGCUGCUGUUCCUAGGCUCGUAUUGUGCAGCCUGGAGCUACAAAGCAGAGUCAUGAAUACGAGCCUCUGUCUCCAAAUCUUGAUCAUGGGCUGCUUGGGAAGGGAAACACUAGGCCUGCUGGUCAUCUCUGCUGAAUCAGGACUGAAACACGAGCUCCGGGCCGAGGUGCAGCCUAUCGCCGUAGGCCUCUUCUCCAUCAGUGAAAUCUUUUGGUCGAGGGAACUCAUUGCUGUGCUUAGAAACCUGCUCUCCUGUGUGCUGAUUGCACCUCUGGGGACAAGGUAGCCACCAGAACUGCAGCUCUAAUCACCUGCAGAGCGCAGUGGCUUUGUGACUGAGGAGCUGGCUGCCUCUUGGGGAUCUGGGAGCACUCUUUUCCCCAGCACACCUCCCUUCAGGCACCC